AUGCCGUCAACGAUCUGUGAGGGUUGCGGGAAGGCAUACAAACGAAGUGGGAUUCUGCCUCACCUAAGAAAAAGCAAAAAUCCACGGUGUCAAGCCUACCAUGCUCUGCUGAAUGACGGGCAAGACCUUUCCACUGAUUCGGACAAGGGAGCCGACCAUGAACAGGAGCUGGAAUCCGAUUCAGCAACUGAAACGGAUGAUGCACGAGGGAGUUCACCCUCUGUACCCAUGUUCGGCCCAGCAAUUCUUGACGCACAUGCCAGCGAACCUGUUCAUGACUUUUCUAUGCAUAUAGAUGUGGCUGGAGACUUCUACAACGAUUACGAAGAUUAUACGAUGGGUGACUUUGAGUUGGAUGACGACGGCGAUGGCGAGGAGAUGGUGGAGACUAGUGGGGAAGGCGGUACAGACUCUGACCGUGACGGGGAUGGAGAUGUCGAGGAGGAAAUCAAAGAAAUUGACAUUGAUGUGAUGGCUGCAGAGGCGGAAGCUGGAUUGGAGCCUGAACGCGCUGGAAGUGAGCAACCAGGUGCGACAGAUCUGGAAGAUGGGCAUACACAUACGGCGGCCAAUGAUGAACCAGCACUUCGACUACAUGGUGGAGAGGAAGAACCACUCAAGAACCGACCCUUUGUCAUUCAAUUUCCAGGAAUUUCGGCGGGAGCAGUGCAUUCGCAGCGGAACAUCGACCAAAAUUCACAGUACUCUGCAGCUGUUGGCGGUAGGAUUAAUCAGUUUGCUCCGUUUUCGUCACAAAUGGAGUGGGAGAUCGCGCGAUGGGCUCAGCUAAGAGGUCCCAGCUCAACGGCCUUCAACGAGCUUAUGGCGAUUGAAGAGGUGAGUGGUCUUUCCUCAAAAGAUAAAAAGGGCUCACCGUCCCUCAUACCUCACGGACUCUCCUUCAAGAACUCUGGGGAACUGAACAAGUUGAUCGAUAAGUCGCUACCUGGUCGUCCCGCAUUCAAGCGCCACGAGGUGAUGGUUGGGUCAGAAGUCUCUGAGGUGUACUUUCGGGAUGUCGUCGCUUACAUCAAGUCGCUUUAG